UAAAUAGUCAUUUAAAGGAAAGUGACAAGAGUAUAUAUUAUAUGAGAAAUAAUAAAGUGAUACGUGUGAUAAAGUGAUUAAGUGAUUAAGUGAUUAAGUGAUGUGUUUAGUUAUAAGUAUUCAGUGAAUAUUUAUAACUAAAAAAGUUUAGUGUUCAAUAAAGUGCUUAGAUUCGACGUAUCUAGGAAGCAGAAAAAAACAGCUUUGUGUUGCAGAUAUUAUUUUGAGAAAACAUCAUAAAGGAUGGAAAAGAGGUUAGCCCAGAAAUCAAACGGAUGGUGUGUUGUCAAGGAAUGUAAUAAAAAUAAUGUGGAAAAACGACACUUGUUUCGGUUUCCAAAGGAACGUGACAAAUGGUUGCAAUGGAUAUGUGCGUGUGAAAGAUUGGAUUUGGAAGCAAUGGGUGCAGAAUAUGCCCAUCGUAGUUAUCGAGUGUGCCACUUACAUUUUGAAGAAAAGUGGUACAAUAUAAGUAAGACUAGAGCUCAUCUUCAUCCAGAUGCAAUACCGACAAAGUUUUUUGAAAGAAAUAAUGCAUCCAUUACGACAACAUUAGUAAAAAAGAAAAUGGAUGAUGAAAUACCUCUAGAAGAGAAUAUUUGUAUUUCGGAACACAAUAAAAUAAACAGUGACUUACAGCCAAAAUCAUUCUUGCUUCUAGAGCAGAUAUCAAGAUGUGAUAUUGCUAAACCGAGCACGUCCAGCAGUGUACACUCGAUGAGAAGAAAAGAAAGUCCAAGGGAGAAAAAAUUGCAGCAACGAAUUUCAAAAUUAAAAGCAAAAGUAAAAACAAUGGACGAGAGAAACAGACGGCUUCGGAAGAAAAUAAGAAAUUUAACAAAAAUAAAGGACAAUACAAAACUAGAAAAUAAGAAACUUUAAGAUCUCAAAAACCUACGUCAAUUAGGCUGUAAGUUUUUUCUCCAAAUUUUGCACGAUUGUUUUCCAUCCAAAUUGAUGCUCACUUUAAAAGCAAACGAGGAAGAUAGUAUAGUUCUGAAUUCAAACAAUUCGCUUUAUGUUUGUAUUUCUUAAGUCCGCGAAGUUAUAAAGAACUUAAAAAAGAAUUAACAUUACCUUCUGUAUGCAGUCUACAAACAUUUACACAAAAAUGGAAAAUUAAACCCUAAAUGCUAAAAUUUUUAAUGUAUUAAGUGUAAAGUUAAAUACAUUGCCACCAUUAGAACGUCACUGUAUUUUGUGCAUAGAUGAAAUGAAUCUGAAAAGUCAUUUAUUUUAUAAUGUUUCCCAAGACGAAAUAAUUGGAUUCGAAGAUACCGGGAAUGAGAAACUACCAUUACCUGCAAAAAGUGCUUUAGUUAUUAUGGCACAUAGUAUUGCAGGUAAUUGGAAACUUUCUGUUUGCUUUUGUUUGAUCGAAACUGCAUGUAAAUCUAAUAUACUCAAACCAAUUCUAUUUGAUGUUAUCCGUAUGCUACGAGAUUGCAAUAUUAUGGUACAUGCUUUAAUUUCGGACACGGAUUCUAACUUUAUGCAACUCUCCCGAGAAUAUUUCUGUACAGAAUUCAAAAUUUUUAGUUGAUGAGCACGAAAUACUGUAUAUAUUCGAUACUCCUCACUUAAUGAAGAGAACUCGCGAUAAUUUGUUGAAAUAUGAUAUAGAAUUUGGAAACAAAGUUGCUUCAUGGACUCAUAUUGUUGAUUUUUAUAACCGAGAUAGUAACCAGUGGAUCAAAAUGGCCCCAAAAUUAUCUAAAGAUCAUAUUGAGCCAACUAGCUUCCAAAAAAUGAAAGUAAAAUAUGCUGUGCAAGUUUUUAAUAAUCGCGUUGUUGUAGGUAUGUGCACUCAAAUGUCCUUCGGUUUUCUUCCAAGCGCAGCAAUUGGAACAAUAGAUUUUAUCGACAAUUUUAAUAAAUUAUUUGAUAUUUUAAAUUCAUCAAGUUUAAAUAGC